GUCGACAACGUCGUCCCCCGCGACCCCGCCGGCCUGCCCGUCCGCAUCGACCCCGCCCAGGCCCUCGCCCGCGUCGACGGCCGCACCCACUUCUGGCUGCGCGCCAAGCUGUGGGCCAUGCUACAGGCCGCUUUCUUCAGUCUGCCGUUCGGGUUUGGCGCCUUUGGGCCGGGUGCGGCCGUCGACGAGCUGAUGGGCAUCUACGGCGCGUGGCGCCUGCGGCUCGACGGGUACACGGACAUGGGUGUGUUUUGGCGGGAUGCCUGCUCCUUUCCUUUUCCUUUUCCUUUUCCUUUGACUUGUUGACCUGUGUAUUUACUGACUCGGUAUGAUGAUUGCAGACCCGACCAACAGUACAACAUUCGACCUGUUCCGGCAGUCGGCGCUGAGCAACAAGUGGCGCUCGGUGACAUUCCAGAGCCUGGGCAUCGCGGCGCUGGGCGACGGCGGCGGCGCCGGCGGCGACGGGAUGCCGGGGACGGGCGUCGUAGCACAACUGGGCGAGGCCAACGUGGAGCGGUGCGUGCAGCAGGUCAUGGGCUUUCUCACAGAGCUGUCGACCAUCUCGGCGGAGCCGCUAUACGCCGACCUCGGGGACGAGGUGCGCAGCCUGGUGCGGCUGGCGUUCGAGGUGGCGCUGCAGUUCGGCGUCAACCAGGCCAACCUGGCGCUGCUGGCCGUCGAGCCCGGCGAGGCCGUCGUCAUCGGUCCCGACUUCCACGACUGCGAGGACGCCGACGAGCACCGCGGCACCCGCGCCCGUGUUGAUCUGGUUGUGUCGCCCGGCCUGCAGCGCGUCGGCGACGGCCGCACCGAGCUCGCCCGCAAGCGCACCAUUGUGCCGUGCGAGAUCUUUGCUGGCGAGGAGCUGUGAUUACUGUACCCAUAAUACUAUCUAUCGUCUUGUUUUUGU